AUGGAGAGCCCUCAUGAACACCAGCAGUCGGUGCUAUUGUCCCGCAUUAUCACCAAUGUGGAAAAACUCAAUGAAGCUGUUAUGGCCAUGAACAAAAGCCUCCAGGAGGUCAACAUCCAAAAUAUGAACGUCGAGCUGGUGGCGCAGAUGUUCAAGAACUACCAGUCGAAUGUCCUUUUCCACUUGGAAGCCACGGAGAACCUGAAGGAGCCCGCACAGGGCGAACAGUCCUGA